CCUCCCAGGUAGCUGCUACUUGCCCGCACUGUCAAGCCUAACCACACCUGCAGCUCCAAUAAGCCAACGCCGCCUGCUCCUCAGGACUUUACAACAGCUACCCAGGGCUUCUGAUUUACAAACCUCGAACUCUCAGACUACAAUUGCAUGAUCUUCAACGCGCCAUACAUAUAAAGCGGCACUAUGGCCUCGGGCUACGGUAUCAAUGGAGGUAUGUUUUGGGGCACUCGGAGUUAGGGAGCUAUGUCAAACCAGCUAUCUUGUCCUCACCAUGUCAGUUGGACUUGUUCAAUGCUGACCUUGCCUUACAGGCAUCUCUCGAUGCUACUCAUUCUGGCAGGAGUAUAUGGCUUGCUACGUUAUCAACCAGAAUGACCCCGACGCGAGACAACGGGCGGUUUGCGCUCCCAGACUAGAGGACUACUACGAAUGUCUCCAUCACAAGAAAGAGUAUGCUCGAACACUAGCUAUCCAAGAUGCUCUGAGAAAAGCUGAAGCCGCCCAUCCCCGUGAAAACGCGCCAAAACUUGGGCAGAUCCGGAGCUUAGGACUAUUAGGCAAAGAAGAAGAUACAAAGGCCAUACUGGGGACUUCAUAACAGAGAAAAUGAAAGCAAAAAUCCUAGGCGGUCUGGAUUGUACACAUGAGAUGGAUGCGUCAGGCAGAGUAGAAGCAAAAUAUUGCAUUCAAGACGAGCCUCCUCAGAUCAAUUCUUUGAGAGUAAGGGUUUUCUGGGGAGGCCUUUUCAAAAUCGUGCUGGCUCAAUGGGAAGAAGGCACUUUUCUUGCGAUUGAAGAAUCGAGAAAUGGAUGGCCUUAAAAUCACUAUCGGCGACAAUUGUUGGCGAGGCGCAGAAAGCAGUUCGACAUCGUUUGGGUGUCGACCUAUGGGCUGCGAUACACCGUUGCUCAACUUUCAAAGGAGCUAUCUCCCACGAUAAAUAGAUAGCAAACGGGACCUUGAGAUGACUUGACCAUCACUACCGCCGUAGCAGAAGAUACAUGAAUGAACAGCGGAGGCUGCCAUCAAACGCAAAUUUCCACACCCA